GACGUUUCAAACACUUUCGGUUCGUCACACUAAAUGGACAUGUCGGAGUUGCUGAAGAACGUGUGUGAAAAAUACAAACGGAGUGUUCGCGAAAAUCCUGACACAGUUGGUCAGGUUGAGACGACAUUCCGUUUGUUAUCGUAUGUCAUUGCAGGUCGACUGCGCAAUGCACAGGUUCUGUCCGAGCUGAUGUACACAUCUUCAAACCUACUGGUGUUUCUCAAUGAUGCCAUCCUCAAGCAAACAGCCAAGAUUAUUCCCAAAGUGAGCGCUUCUCAGGAGCCGUCUGGGGCAGCUGCUGGCACGCUGACGGUGUUGGAGUACGUAGAGGUGUUUGUUGAGGUCGCUGCUAACAAACUUUGGGGAGAAGUAGGGAAGUGGAUCGUCAUAGCAACUAUUCAGAUAUGCAAAGCCACAUUGCGCUUCUACCUUCUGGCCACCUACAAGCAUGGCAUCCAGCCCAUGCCACCCAUAGCGCCACUUGAUCGCCAGCUUGUCUCCAAGAAAAACAAGGAGGCCCAACAGCUAACAGAACAGGAGGAUUCCCGAACCUGGAGAAGCUGGAUACAGAAAUGGUUUUACUGCUCCCAUGACCUUCACCUUGAAACGGUCUGGGAAAGUCAUGAGGAAAAUAUCAGCUGCCCUUCCCCUGGGCAUGAGGACAUGGGCCAUCCCCACCCAGACAGAUACCCGUGUGGGAGGAGAAAGGAUCUGGCUCCAACUCCCUUGUCUCGCCAGAGAGUGUGGGCGGAGACACUUCACAUUGUCAAACCUAUUGUCCACUUGAUGAGUAUGUAUGGUUUUGGCUUGUCAUCAUGGAAACCCUGGCUCAUCUCAUGUGGGAUGGACAUCUCAAGUUUGACAAUGAUGGGCGACCCGGCCGACUUGAACCAGAAUGAGAAGGGUGAACUGCGGCGGAGGACGUUCAUGCUGCUCUAUUACCUGCUGAGGUCCCCCUUCUAUGACAGAUACUCACAAGCGAAGAUAAUAUUCCUGAUGAAGAUCUUGGCUGAUAACAUUCCUGGCACCUCCUUGCUCAUCAGGCCCCUUUUGGCGUACCUUCCCACGUGGCAAAAGGUAUACUUCUAUGUGUGGUCAGCCUAAACAACACACACUGGACCACUGACCAAAGCCCACAGAACCAUGCACAAACAUAGUUGAUGGAAAAGUAGUUAACAUCGUUAACAUGACCAGUUGAUUUGGUCCCGGUAUUUUGUGAAGCGCAACAACUCAUUUAUAAAUAUUUCAUGUAAUCAGUCUGAAUUUUUCGAACAUUGAAUUGUCUCCCUUUGGAAAGUCCAUUAAGAAUUCCAGAUUAACCUGUGUCUUUGCACCAUCAUUAUAC